AUGACUUUACGCUACACGCCGAUCCGGUUAGCUGACAGCGUGGACUCUUUGGACGACGGCGGGGAAAUCAGACUGGUUGAUUCUAGAGAAAGAAGAUCUGGUUGUUUUGAUGGAUUGCGCUGGUUUUUUGGAGGCAGUUCCAAAGUUGCUUUAUCGGAAACAGAAUCAAAGGCAGGACUCAUGUAUCGGAGUUUAGACGCAGAAAAGAAGUCAGAUAAUGAAUCCAUGCUGAAGUCACAGGUGUCCGAUACCACCAACCGACUGUGUAUUUUGCGCAAUCUCAUGAAACAAUUCAAGAUAGGGGUGUACAUUGUUCCGUCUGAAGACGAACACCAGAGUGAAACCACCUCGCCAAAAGAUAAACGGCGCGGGUACAUUUCAAAGUUCACAGGGAGUGCUGGAAUCGCUGUUAUUUCUUUGAACAACGCGGCCCUUUCAACAGAUGGUCGGUAUUAUCUCCAAGCUGAACGGCAAUUGGAUAGAAAUUGGACACUUUUGAAACAGUCGGACCCGAAGUCGAUUCCUUGGCAAUUUUGGUGUCUCCAAGAGGCAGCAGAUACAAGCUUCAAGACGAUUGCGGUGGACCCAAGACUGAUCAGCUACGAUCUGGGUCUGUAUUUCAAAGAGAAAUGCCACAAUGCCAAUUUGGAGUUUCUUCCUUUAAUGACCAACUUGAUUGAUAAAACAAUGGAAUUGGAGCAUUUCGUGCCAGACUUACCGGCAAACGACAAGAUCUUUGAACAUGAGAUGCGGUUUGCGGGUGAACACGCCAACCAUAAACUUGCACGCACUCAAAAGUUUUUGAAAGAAGCUGGUGCAUUUGCAUUGAUUGCGUCGCAGUUGGAGGAAAUCGCGUGGCUAUUUAACCUGCGCGGGAACUCCAUUCCUUUCAGUCCGGUGUUUUUCUCCUAUGCAAUUGUGAAAUUGGACGGGGUCGAGUUGUAUUUGGACCGAUCCAAGUUGACUCCUAAAGUGACUCAGUACCUGGAUUCCAUUUACAAUCUCACUAUUUACAGCUAUUCGCAGUUCUGGGACAACAUUCCGGCUUUGAAGAACACUGUUUCCGAGUCUCGGACGGUGUAUCUUUCGAACAACAGCAGUUAUGCACUCUACAUGAAUCUUUCUGCCACUUUCGAUAUCCAACACCGGUCUAUCCUUACGGAAUUCAAAGGAAUUAAAAAUGCCACCGAAAUCGAGGGGAACAGAUUUGCGCAGCUGAAGGAUUCUGUUGCGCUGAUCAGACUGUUUGCCUGGAUGGACGGAGCAUUUUUGCCGCCACGGGCCCAGCUGGACGAGAUCGAGGUUGCUACCAAAGCUGCCCAUUAUCGGAGUCUGAUGCCCAACUUCAAAGGUCUUGCGUACGACGCCAUUUCAAGUUCGGGCCCCAACGCCUCGGUCGUCCAUUACGUGCCUACCCUGGAUAAUUUCUCCGUGGUGGACCCCGACAGCAUUUUUUUGCUGGACUCGGGAGCACAAUACUUAGACGGAACAACAGACAUCACCAGAACUUUGCAUUUCAGCAGACCAAGUUACGAGGAGAUAGAGAAGUACACGUUGGUUUUGAGAGGCCAUUUGAACGUUGCACUGCUUGAAUUUACGGCCGGAACUCCUUCUGAAUACAUUGAUUCUCUUGCUAGAAAGCCAUUGAUUGAGAAAGGUCUCAACUAUAGCCACGGCACGGGCCACGGAAUUGACACGUUUAUUUGUGUUCACGCAGGACCCUGCGGACUCUCCCCUGUGAAAACGAGCUAUAAUUACAAACCGUUGGAGCCAGGCAAUUUUAUCAGCGAUGAGCCGGGGUAUUAUCGGGAUAACGAGUACGGGGUCCGCAUUGAGAGCGAUCUUCUUGUUGUUCAACGGGGCGAAAAAGACGGCGUUCCGGUGCUGGGAUUCGACUAUUUCACGCUGGUUCCGUUCUGUCGUAACUUGAUCGACUUGAACUUGUUGGAACCUGACCAGAUCAAGUGGAUCAAUGAGUACUACAAACGGAUCCAGGACUCGACGAUUCCGUUUUUGGAGAAGCUCGGCGACACAAGAGCCAUCGACUGGCUGCUCAAGGAGACUCGCCCAUUACAGUAA